CUUAUAUAAUAAAUUUUGUAGGCGUAUGUCAGAUUCCAUUGAUAAAAGGUUCUGUUUUGACAUCAUAUGUGAAGACAAACCAGGUGUUCUUACUUUUCAAGCAUUAUCUGAAGAAGAUAGACAUUUGUGGAUGGAUGCUAUGGAUGGAAAGGAACCAGCUUACAGUCAAACUGGGAAACUACCAAAGCAAGAAGAGUAUUAUCUUGAUGAAGUGGGAUUCUUUUUUGUUCAGCAGUGCAUUGAUGCUAUAGAAAUCAGAGGCUUGGAUGAUGAAGGAUUGUAUAGAUUAGUUGGUGUUAACUCUAAAGUUAAUAAACUUACUCAAAUGGCAUUAGGUAAUUAUAUACUCUAAAGAAAUCAUACUUUA